AUAGUCAUCAGUUGCAAUCCUAAAAUACACUGAGGUUUGUGGUUCUGGUGUAACAAAACAUUUUGCUUUGUGUUUCUAGAAAUACUUCCUUUGAGUUAUGAAAGAUUGCAUGACAGUCUGGCGUCUUUCAAGCAAACUAAUUGAAGCUGACAGAUUAUUAAAGCAUAGUGCAGCUUUUCUGUGUGAAUAUGUUGGCAUAUUGUCAUGGAACAGUCCAGUGUGCCGUCUCAGAGGCUGAGGUUGAAACUGUGUCCUGCCAUCGGAAAGCAGCCAAGACCCAACUGUCUAACCACAUUCAUCGGCUAAACAUGUUAAGGCAUAAAAGGAAUUUGACUCAAGUUCCUUGAAGCUCUCAGAGCAUUUCUAUGGAGAAUAAGGAGCAGUAAAAACAAACACCGCAAUAACUAAACAUUGGAUCUUGAAUGUAUGCAGUUAUGUCAAAUUAAUGCAUAUAAACAAUGAGAUUAACAUUUUAAUCUGUUAUAUUCUACUGGUUAAACAAUUCAAAUGCAAUAUGAUAGUUUAGAAGUAAACUUUUCAGAAACAUAUUGGGGAAAUAAUUUAUUACGUGUAAAUGUAAGUUUAUCAUUUCAAUUGUUUUACAAUGAAUGAAAGCUCCAGAACAGCUACAGCUUUUACCUGCAAUUAAGUUUUGUAUGAAAACAUAAAACACUUCUGAAUAAAGUUCAGAAAGGAUUAAUAACUUUACACAUUUGAUUGUAUUUUAUUUUCUUAAAAUAAAAACCGUGAAAAAUGUUUAACAUAAUGUAGUUUUGAUUGGUUGAAAGUAAGGCUCUGUGGACUGGCAGAAGCCAAUCACUGAUCUUACUGUACACGGUGACUGACCAAUCAGAAACCAAGGGACUCAUAGCUAAGGCCCGCCCACUUACGCCAGCCAGUAGUCGAGCUGAAAAACUGUCAAGUGAGUGAACAGGAUGGGGACGGCUUGAGCAGCGAAAACACGUAAAAAAUGCAACGAGAAGUUGUAAAAACAACUUUAAAAGUUAUCCAUGCCAUGUUUGGAGUUUAUCACAGCACAUGUUAGUAACCUACAGAGAAGCAGCAGCAGCUUUGGGCAGUGCGUGUUUUCCCCUGCGAUAAGCGGCCAGUUUCGGAAGAUGUCAGCGCCCAGUAACUCCCUUCAGCAGCCGAGGGUGAGGCGCAGCAAUGCGGGCUCCCCGGGCUCGUUCACCCAGAGCGGCAGCAGCUGCAGCCGCUUGCACCCCAUCCGUGCCACCGUGCCUUACCAGCUCCUGCGUGGGGGUCCGAGCAGCCCCACACGGCCGCAAACCCUGCACGGAGGAACAACAACCAGCCGGGUCUCGAGUAGCAGCCCCCCCUCCAGUCCCCCGCUCACUUCAGGAAGUACAAAGCAAAGAGUGUCACCCGAAAAUAAGGAGGCUUCCUGUCCCCCAGACUCCCCAGUGUCAAAAGCGGAACGAUCCAAACUACAGGUGCGAAGCUCCAGUGCCAUACGGAGAGCGUCUUCCUUGGACGCCAUCACAGGACCUUACCUGACUGGCCAGUGGCCUCGGGACUCCCACGCUCCGUACCCUUCCUGUAUGAAAGACAAAGCCACACAGACUCCAUGUCUCUGGAUUGACGAAGCCGCUGAACUGGGAAGUCCUCACCAGCGAUCAGCGUCGUGGGGGAGCGCAGAUCAUCUGAAAGAGCAGAUCGCUAAGCUGCGCCUGCAGCUGCAGCGCAGCAAACAGGUGACCAGGCAGAGCAAAGACAGGGAGCAGAGCUCACUGCAGCAGCAGCAGCAGCACAGCGCCGCGUGCCAAUCACAGUACAAGGGAACUUCUUCAACUUUAACGUCAAACCCGAUGGCUAAGUCGCUGAUAUGCAGAGUGCCGAGCAGCGUGGAGGGAAUCAACCACGAGCUGGAAAACGUUUUCAUCCGAGACGACUGGGAGCACGGCCUGCAGGCCAUGGAGGCGGUGGAUGGCCGCCGCCCGCCCUUCCCUCCGAACCGCUACAGCAGCAGUAGCGGUGACACCCGGGACACCGACACACAGGCCCCGUCCAGCGGCGAAUCGAGCCCGUCGCCCCGACCCAGCAGCUCCGACCACCUUCACUCCCAUGACGGAAGUCCCUGUUCUGCUGAGGAAAUCGAUAAAGACAGCGGGUGCAGCUCUCCUCUUCCCAAGUUCGCCACUUCGCCCAAACCAAACAACAGCUACAUGUUCAAACGGGAACCUCCAGAGGGAUGUGAGAGGGUCAAAGUGUUUGAUGAGCUGGUAUCGGGCAAAUCCAAAGGCUUCCCUCUGUUCUCAUGUCCUGACAAAAACAAGGUGAACUUCAUCCCCAGAGGCUCGGCCUUCUGCCCCGUCAAACUCCUCUGCUCCUCCCUGUUCUCCCCCAUCAGCCCCAGCUUUCACGCCAACAGCGGCCUCGCAACUCAGGUGACCCCGACUCAGCCCGCAGCGCCAGCAGCUACGUUUUUGUCGUCCGCAGACCUGAGGGGCGGCGGCGGCCUGAGUGCUGAGUCAGGAGACGGCUCAGCACAUGUAGUCCUCACCAGCUGGUCCUCAGGUAUUCAUGACCAAACCACCUACAAAUAAAACCACCUACAAAUAAAACCACCUACAAAUAAAACAUGGCAUCUAGCCUGGUGGUUUGGCUUAAAAACAAAAAGGAAAAAAAAAUGACAACAAAAAAAUUGCACUCUGAUAAUCCUAACAUUAGCCAGCAGGGGGCGCCCUCGGCGUGGAAAUGGAUUCCUGUUUGAGGAUAAUACUUGAUGUUUGGGCAUUGUUGCUGACCGCUCUCCUCCCAUCACUAACCUAACCCACCAUCGUCACAUAUAGCAGGAAAUCGUUUGCUUAUCCUGCAAUAAAUAGAACUGAAUAAUUAAAUUAUAUGUAGCAUUGGCAGUCUUAUCAAGAUAAAAAUAAAUAAAAAUUUAAAAAAGAAAAAAAAUCCAGAAUUGUAACCAUGCAAUAUCAGCAGAAACUGCAUUGUGUUCAUGUUAUUAUCCAGCUGUUCAGUGUUGAAGCUAAAACACAAAUGGGAUUUCUUGUAAUUUACCCCAUUUUGGCUCUAAAGGGCACAAGACAUUUUUAUUUUUAUUGUUAUUAUUUGUGACAUAUAUGUUUGAAUGUACUUGUUGCGUUUUGUUAAUGAGAAGCAGCAGUACUUGUUGAAUGCAGUUGCAGGUUUUGUUUAGGCCAGGCCUGAACCUGUACACAGUGUGAUUACCAUGGCAACAGGACGAGCUAAGCACAAAAUGCAAAAAUACGAGCUGUUUAAUGAGUGACCAAGUAAACACAAAGCACACGACUUUCCUAUCGCCUUCUUAUUGGCUCAACCGACUGUUAGCAGUAACUCAGGUUGUUUAGAAGCGAAUGGUGGGGCUGUGCUGCCAUUCCUCAGCGUUUAUAGUGAUUUUCUCACAAGGAGAUUUUUUUUCCAAAAUGUCCUCUUUUGUUUUUCAUUCCCAGGAAACGCAGGUUUAAUUCAGACUGAAUUUUUUAGGUUUUGACAUUGAAACCAGUUCCAGGUGUCUACGACACAUUCCACAACGAGCUGCAUAAGUUACUUUAAUUCACAAGCUAUUUUGAUUUGGCAUGAGAAUUUUGCAGCUAUGUAACAAUUAUAUUAAACACAAACCAAAGCAAACUACAAAACGGCACAGAGACCGUCAUAUUCGAGAUAUCAGGGCAUUUUUUGUGCCAGAAUGUUUGUGUGUUUUUCAUUUUUGUAAAGUGAUUAAGUGUCAUAUGAGGCUCUGGGUCUAUUUGCCCCUUUCAGGACCGGUAUCCCCACUUUAUACCUGUAAAUAAGCUGCUGUUUUAUCUAUUUCAGUGGUCAAAAUCAAUAAAAAUGGGAAAUAAAAACACAAAAAAGCUGAAAGAGUCUGGCAUCAAUUCAAAAUCUGAAAUAACUGAAGGCAAAGUUUCCUGUUUGGGUGCAAAAAGUUUUAUAAAGGGGUUUAUUGAGUGAGGAGGGAGAUUGGAAAAAUGUUUUCUGAUGGUAGCAGAAUGGAGAGAGGGGAUAUCGGCCCAAUAUUAACAAUGGGAUGGAAAAAAUCAAUCCAGGGAAAAAAAUGUAAAUUUAAAGGGCAAAAAUCCCCCC